AUGGCAUCCUUCAUUUGUCCAUCUUGUGUAACAACUCGAAAUUUUGAUAAUCUCGCCAAAAUAUUCCGACAUGUAACUGUUUACCACCAGAAUGAUCCGAAUUUUAAUCUUACUUGCGAUCUACAUCGCACAUGCGGUGUUCUAUACAAAACAUACUCGGCGUACAAGGCACAUAUCUACCGACAACAUUCCGCACAACUUUAUUCAACAACGAACAACAGUAGCAGCAGGAAUAACAUUGACUUUCUUGUCGACAAUCGGGCACAAGAGCAUGCCAAUUCACCUACUAAUCUGGAGACAUUCAAUCAUUUUCCUGCCAAUGAUGAAGACGAAGACGAAGAUACAUCAGAUUUUCUCUAUGAUGAAGCUGAAUCGACAGUAGAAAUCAAUGAAUAUAUACCAACGUUUUCAUUUUCAACAUCGAAUUUCAAUUCAGCGAACAAUGAUGGAAAGAACUUAGCAUCUAUCCUUGAUAUGAAAAGAAGUUAUAUCUCUUUUAUAUUGUAUUUGCGGGAAGAAUAUCUGUUACCGAAGAAAAUAACUCAAGCUAUUUCUGAUUACAUUGUGAGUCUGAUUGAACAUAUCCAGCUUUUAUUCGAAGAAAAAGCUAGUUUUUAUUAUGCCGACACUAAUGCAUUUCCAGAAACAUUUACUCAAAGAAAAAAAACUAAAGCUGUGGAUUGUGAUCUGUUGAAAAAUAUAUUGAGUGAUAUAGGCGAAUCAAUCAAGUGUAUUAGUAAGAAUGAAUAUCAAUUAGUCAAAACUUGUCAAGAAUAUUUCGGUUAUACAUCACCGGAAGAAGUUAUUCUUUCAUCUGCAGGUGAAAAUAUAGAACGUGGCUACAUUAUUCCAUUAGAAAAAACUCUGUCAUUGAUGCUCAAUUCUCAACCGCUUCUCGCUCAAAUUCUCCAAAAUGUUCAACAACAACGAGUGUCAACAGAUAUGGAUGAUGAUUUAAUGUUUUCUAUACGAGAUGCCUACCAUGGAAAGAAGCUAGAUGAGGAAACUCUGUUAAUUCAAUUGUACUUAGAUGAUAUUAGUCUUACAAAUCCUCUCGGUUCCAAACGUGACAAGCACAAAAUGUGUAUGCUGUACUUUUCACUUGAGGACAUUCCUUAUCAAUACAGAUCCAAACUCGAUUUUGUUCACUUAGUUGGUAUAUGUGAAAGUCGAAUUCUUAAGGAUACUACCAAAGCCAAGAGAUUCUUACAACCUGUUAUUGACAAUUUGAACCAAUUGCAAUUGCAUGAACUUGUUGUAAAUGGUAAUCACCUCAAAUUCUCAUUUUCCACCAUUGUCGCUGACAAUUUAGCUGCUCACAUGGUUGGAGGUUUCCAAACAUGUUUCAGCAACGGGUUCUUCUGUCGUCGAUGCUACAUCACAUAUGCUGACAAAAAUUUACCGAUUCCGUUAACACAAAUCAAAAGUCGAAUGAUAAACGAUCAUGAUGGUUUAGUACAUGAGCUGAUCCACAAUCCUAAUAAGUCCCCUCUGAUGGGUGUUGUUGGUCCUAGUUUAUUUGAUGAUCUUAUCGGUUUCCAUGCAACUACUUCACUAUCAGCGGAUUGCAUGCAUGAUUUUCUCGAAGGAGUUUGUCCCAUUGUUAUUAUGUGUUUACUGAAAGAAGCUUCAUCAAUGCGUUUGCUUACAUAUGUUGAGAUUGAAAAGCGUAUGGUUAAUUUCAAUUACGGACAUUUCGACAAAAGCAAUCAACCACCACCAAUACAGGUGAAACAUCUUCAGAAUGAUCGCAUUGUUGCUACUGCUGCAGAAAAAUUAUGUAUGUUCAAGUUAUUUCCGAUCCUGUUUUAUGACAUCAUUCAUCACUUAUCCGGAUUUAUUGUUUAUAAAAUUUUACGCGAGAUCUUAGAUCUGACAUUAUCGCUUCCAUUUCGGAAGCAAUGGCUUCCGGUUCUCGCAGAUCUGUGUGAAACAUUUCAUUUGAAAAUGCUAGCAUGUUUUCCAGACAAAAUGAUUCCAAAAGUUCACUUUGUUCGUGAAUCUCAACAGAUAAUACACGAUUACGGACCACCAAUCAAAAACUGGUGUUUUCGAUACGAAGCAUCUCAUUAUUACUUCAAAAAGAUUAUGAUGAGAUCAAACAAUUUUAAGAAUGUUCCAAAAACACUUGCAACACGUUACUGUCUCAAGCAACAUUUCAAAUCUGAUUAUUUGUAUCAGUUGAAAGAUUUUAUUUAUCCAAUUUCGAUAAAAAAAGCUCGAACAACAUGUUUUAGUAUGGCAAUGAAGAAGUUAUUGGCCAAUGAGCUCGGGUGGGAUGAACUCGACGAAUCUGUAUUACAUUGCCUUAGGUUGGUUUGCGAUACUAGCGAAUACUGUCGGUCUGCUGUUUACGUGGUAGAUUUAUUACAUUUUAAUGAACAACCAGUAUUCGCUCAAAUUGUUUUUAUUGUUAAAGUGGAGGAGAAAUGGUGGUUACUGGUAGAUUUAUUGGAGACAGUCGCAUACAAUGAAGAAUAUUUCGCAUGGGAAAUCAAAUCAUCCGAUCGUUACUCGAUUAUAGAUCCGUGCCGAUUAAAAUAUUAUUACAAAGGAUUAGACAUUUACGAAGUGAACCACUCGAGCUUCGUUUCCUUCACUGCUCGACUCACACCAUACGAAUGA